CCAAAAUUAUUAUUUUCUCCAAAUUUCGUUAGCUGUGAGUGCAAUAGCAAUAAAUUUUGAACCGUAAUGUUAGAGAAAGGAGCGCAACUUGCAAGAACGAAGGUGAAAAGUAGUCGUAAACGAUCUCAACUCACACACAGUGGUAGUGGGUGACGUGUCGUACCUACCGCGAUAUAAAUACCCAAUCCAGCCGUUUCGCCAUUUUUUUUAUUUUUGACUUUCAAGUUUCAAUAGUCUCCCACUCUUCUUCGAGCGGGAACCCAACAUUUUCCUUUUCUUUCUCUCUGCAUGUCUCUGCAAUUCUAGGGUUUCAAUUUCGCUCUUCCCUUUGCAAGUCGCAAUAGUAACCAACCGGCGCCAUGAAUCUGCGCCACGGCUCCAAGGUUUGGCUCGAGGACCGCGAUUCGGCAUGGCUCGCCGCCGAAGUGCUCGAUUCUGACGGUAAUCGCUUCUUGCUCGUCACCGAUUCCGGCAUGAAGGUUUUUGCUUCGCCGGAGAAGCUGUUUCCGAGGGAUGCGGAUGAAGAGGAGCACGGGGGAUUUGAAGAUAUGACGAGGUUGGCGUACUUGAACGAGCCGGGAGUGUUGUCCAAUCUUCGGAGAAGAUAUGCGCUCAAUGAUAUUUACACAUAUACAGGGAGCAUUUUAAUAGCUGUUAAUCCCUUCAUGCAGCUUCCUCAUUUAUAUGAUUCCCAUAUGAUGGAGCAAUAUAAGGGAGCUCCAUUGGGUGAGCUUAGCCCUCAUGUUUUUGCCAUUGCUGAUGCAUCUUAUAGUAUCUUACCUUUGUUGGUGGACGUGCUGCUGUUGAUGAUAGAACAGUUGAACAGCAAGUUCUUGAAUCAUUUUGGGAAGUUUGUUGAAAUUCAGUUUGAUUCAAAUGGUAGAAUAUCUGGAGCUGCAAUUAGAACUUACCUACUGGAAAGAUCACGUGUAGUGCAGAUAAUGGAUCCAGAGAGAAAUUAUCACUGCUUUUAUCAGUUGUGUGCAUGUGAAAGGGAUGCAGAGAAGUAUAAGUUAGGACAUCCAAGUCACUUCCACUAUCUAAAUCAAAGUAAAAUCUAUGAAUUAGAUGGUGUAAGCAAUGCUGAAGAAAACCUGAAGACCAGAAGGGCAAUGGAUAUUGUUGGCAUCAGUCACGAGGAUCAGGAAGCCAUAUUUCGUGUCUUAGCGGAAAUUUUACAUUUGGGAAACAUUGAAUUUUCACCUGGAAAAGAGCAUGACUCAUCGGGAGUAAAGGAUGAAAAAUCAAGAUUUCAUAUGCAGAUGGCUGCUGAUCUUUUCAUAGCUCCCAAUCCAGGGGGCUCUGCUUCUCCAUUUUUCCAGGCAGCCUUCAUUGCUGCAGUUGAUACUGUUUCUGUGCCCAAUCACUGCAUAUACCACUGGUCGUUGUCCGCCGCUGUCCACUGCUGUCCUCCGUCGUCAACCACCUUCCGCCGCAAAACUGAUCGGAGAACCCACCAGGAGAAGCGCUUUCUCCAGAUCGGCCCAUCCCUGAAGUUUCACUGCCAACCGCCAUCGGACGCGCUGCCACUCGCUGUUUUUGUCUCCGGCGUGUGUAAGCCACGCGCCACCGUACAGGCCGUCUUUUUUGACGGCACCGCCACAGAACAGGUCACCAGUCCACCUCGCUUGGAAGAAGAAGUAUACAUGGAGAUUCCACCUGGAUAUGGUGCCAGUAAUGGAGGAAAUAAAGUUUGCAGACUAAAGAAGGCCCUAUAUGGUCUCAAGCAGUCUCCUCGGGCUUGGCCUGUUGGAGGAUGUCCAAGGUUAGGUCAUCUUUUUGGCGACAUCAAGCUUCAAUUGUGGCAAUACAAUGCCUUUGGCGGUGUAGACAAGCAAAAAGAGAGCUAUGUAGACUUAAACAAGAGGCAAACGAAGCUGGUUUCUAAUGAAGAGGCUAAGAAAGUAGAGAUUUCCAAACUUCAAAAGAUGUUAGAAGCUCUGAAUCUUGAAUUGGAUGCAGCUAAAUUGGCAAAAAUUAAUGAGUGCAACAAGAAUGCUGUUCUGCAAAAUCAAUUUGAAUUGUCAGUAAAGGAAAAGUCUGCUUUAAAAAGAGAGCUAGUUGCAGUGGAUGAAUUACGAAAGGAAAAUGCUCAAUUAAAGGUUCCAUUGGAUGCAUUUGAAAAGAAGUGCACAACCUUAGAGCUUGAGCUUAUGAAUGCUCAAAAAGGCCGGGAUGAAACCAUGGAGAAACUGAGAGAGUCUGAACAGAAGUGCUCUCAACUUGAGCAAAAUGAGAAAAGGCUUGAGGAAAAGCUAUUGAAUUUAGAGGAUGAAAAUCAUGUUCUUCGUCAGAAAGCCUUAAGUACCCCUCUUAAGAGUAACCGUCCAGGUUUUGCCAAGUCAAUAUCAGAAAAAUACUCAAGUGCAAUUGCCUCCCGCACUGAACGAAAGACCAUAUGUGAGUCACCCACACCCACAAAACUUAUUGCCCCUUUUACACUAAGCUUGCCAGACUCUCGUCGAUCUAAUAAGUUAACAGCAGAGAGGCAGCAGGAUAACUAUGAAUUUCUCUCUAAAUGCAUAAAAGAAAAUUUGGGAUUCAAAAAUGGUAAACCUAUUGCAGCUCGUAUUAUAUACAAAUGUCUACUUCAUUGGCAUUCAUUUGAAUCUGAUCGCACAACCAUUUUCGAUUCCAUAAUCAAAGGCACAAAUGAGGUUCUAAAGGGACCAAAAUCUCCAUUGAAGUUUAUUGGAUAUGAUGAUGGUGUAGCGCAUGUGGAGGCGAAAUAUCCUGCUAUACUUUUUAAGCAACAACUAACUGCUUGUGUAGAGAAGAUUUUUGGUCUUUUACGUGACAAUUUGAAAAAGGACCUUUCUCCACUUCUGGGAUCAUGUAUUCAGGCUCCCAAAACAGGACGAGGAGUGCAUGGGGGAAAAUCAUCUAGAUUUCCUGGUGGGAUUCCCCAACAAUCAUCAAGUGGUCAGUGGAGUAACAUUGUCAAAUUUUUGGAUUCACUCAUGAGCAAACUUCGGCAAAAUCAUGUAUGUUCUGUAUUAUUUCAAUGGUCUUUGUUACUGAGUUUGGUCAAUUAAUUGUAUAUUUUGUCCAUUUGUUGUAUUCUUGUGUACUACAUCUAUAAUUCCAUACACAGGAGGCACAACACUACUGGCUUUAGGGGUGAAAAACUGAAGACCAUACCAUAUCAUGAGUCACAUGAUUCUUAGUAUCUCGGGUCCAUCACACCAUAUGACAGCAAAUAGAGAAUAUGUAAACCAUAGGGUUCAAGUAGGUUGCUGUAUGUAGAAUUGUAGAUUAUAGAUUAAAUUUCUACUUCUUAGUAAAGUGAGUUAGGGGAGUGGGAGUUGGGAGCACAUUGUGAUCAAUUAAUAUACUACAUAUUGACAGAGUAGUUACAACUGUUUGUUCAGUUAAAGCUUUGGUGUGACAUAAUUUGACAUUGGUGUAAAAAAAUUAAUUUACAUUCAGGUGGGAAGUGAAAUUGUACACUUAUUUGCAGGCUAUGGUAUCUGAUGCAUUCUACAUGUUAAUUUUGUA